AUGGGGUUGUUUAUUCCAAGUAAUAAGUUACCAAAUUUAAAAUUGUAUAAAUAUUCAUCAGAAGAUCAUUCAAUUAUUUCAAAAUAUGUUUUAAAAAAGUGGUGGAAUUGGUUUGUUCAAGUUUUCCCAUUAUGGAUGGCACCUAAUGUUGUCACAUUAUUAGGUUUAUUUUUUAUAAUCUCAAAUUUAUUAGUUGUUUUUUAUUAUAAUCCAUAUUUAGAUCGAACUCAACCUUCAUGGUGUUAUUUUUUUUAUGCGUUUGGUUUAUUUAUGUACCAAACUUUUGAUGGUUGUGAUGGUUGUCAUGCUAGAAGAACAGGUCAAAGUGGUCCUCUUGGUGAAUUAUUUGAUCAUUCAAUAGACGCAAUUAAUACAACUUUUGGUUCAAUUAUAUUUGCUUCAGUUUUAAAAAUGGGUUAUGGUGGUUUAAUGAUGUUAUCACAAUUUGCUUCAGUUUGUAAUUUUUAUACUUCAACUUGGGAAGAAUAUCAUACUCAUACUUUAUUUUUAUCUAAAUUUUCAGGUCCUGUUGAAGGUAUUUUGAUGAUUAUUGGUGUUUAUAUUUUAGCUGGUUUAUUUGGUCCUGAUAUUUUUAAUAUGGAUUUAUUUGAAAUUGAUUUAUCAAGUUUAGGUUAUCAAAGUUAUAAAGUUAGUACAUCAUUAUUUUAUGUUGUUUUAGGAUUAGGAUCAUUAUAUUUUAAUAUAAUAUCAGCUAUGCAAAAUGUAUCAAAACAUUAUGAUGAAAAAUUUGGUAAACAUUCAAAAGAAUCAAAAGUACAAAUUUCAAAUGCACAUCAAGGUUUAUUUCCUUUUUUCAUUUAUUAUGGUUUCAUUAUAUUAUUAGCUUGGUUUUAUCCAAAUAUAAUUUCACAAUUUGGUUUUCCUUUAAUUAUAUCAAUUGGUUGUACAAUUGCUUUUUUUGUAGGUAGAAUUAUAUUAGCUCAUUUAACAUUACAAGAUUUUCCAUAUGUUCAAUAUCCAAUAUUUGUACCAAUUGGACAAUUAAUAAUUAGUCAAAUUUUAAUUAAAAUUUAUGGAUAUAAUGAAACUAAUGUGUUAAAUGGAAUAAGUUGGUUAGGUUGUGGUAUUACUUUGGGUAUUCAUUCAUUCUUUGUAGCUGACAUUAUUACUGAAAUUACUCAAUAUUUAGACAUUUAUGCAUUAUCAAUUAAACAUAAAAGAGUAGAUUAG